GAAGACUUUAUACUAGUUUAGGGUUAAGUCAAAACGACAAAAUUAAACCCAAAAUCCGAAAACAGAGUUCAAGAUCAGAGCUCAGGAGAAGAAGAGAGGAAGAAUCUUGAAUUUGGAGAGCAAAGAGAGUGUGUAUUUGUUGGAGUAACGAUGGAAGACGAUCGAAGUAACCCUCAUGAACUCGAUUUGGAGAAAGGCGAUCGACCAAUUUGGUUGAUGAAGUGUCCUGUAGUUGUCGCCAAGGCGUGGGGGAAGCUAACUCCUCCGCCUCCUUCUCCUUAUUCUUCUUCCUCUGAAUCUAUUGACUUGGCGAAGGUUGUUCUCAACAUUGAUCCUUUACGACCUACCCCUGAGUUCACUAUGGAGAUGGUUCGUGCUGAGUAUGAGAACAUACCAAAGAGCUACGCUGUGAAUAUGUUCAAAGACUUUGUUCCCAUGGAGGUCUUUUCGGAUGUCAAUCAAGGUCAUACAGCUCUUGAAGGAAAGGUCGAUCACAAAUUUGAUAUGAAGCCAUAUGGGGAAAACAUUGAAGAAUAUGCAAGGCUUUGUCGGGAGAGAACGAGCAAAGCCAUGGUUAAAAAUCGACAGAUACAGGU